AUGGCGCCCACCAUCGCUCCAUCAACUCCAGCGCCUGCUUCGAAUGCACCCUCGCGGCCAAACUCACCCAUCGCAGCGAAACAGCAAUCAGUGGUGGCCACCGCCACUGCUGGAGUUGCACCUGCUGCCCCUUCAAGUCCCACAGCGCCCAACACCGAAGGAGUAGAACUCGCGCCAGUUGAGGUUGGCCCAGGUUCUCCACUUACCGCCAUUGGAUCUCGCCCCGCUUCCCCACUAAGUGGAGAUGAACGAACCACGUCUACUGGGCGCAAAAGGAAGGCUGAUGAAGAGGUCAACGCGGACAUCACCAGGAAGAAACCGGCCAGCAAUCGGAAGAAGGGCCCACCGAGUGCACCUCAGCGCAGACAACCUACGCGUGGUAAGGCUCCCGAUAGCGUCAAUCCGGCGACAGCAGGCCAGUCGAGCAAACCGGACACCAUCAUCGAGGAGGACUUAUAA